AAUUUGGCAUGAGAUGCCGAGCUGAAACCCUCACAAUGAAUUGGCAUCGCUUCACCACAGAACAGCCAGCGGCCCGCACUGACAAGGUUCGCCGCCCGCGGUCAACUACGGGCGACGCUGACUAGGUCCCGCUCCCUCUCUGCUUCCUCCAUGAUGUUCCUUGUUCUGGCUCCAUUUCUGUUUCUCCUACGCUUUGCCAUCUUGCAAGUGCAUGGCGCGCAAACAUUCUGGCCAUUAGCGAUACCAUUUGCUGUUCGCACACCUUACUUGAACUCAUGGAUGUACACAACGAAAACGUCGGGGAACAUUACAAACGAUUGGCCGUCUUUCUGGAGUGGAGGGAUUCUUGGGUGGAUAUGCUACAUUAGAGUGGACGGAAAGACGUACAUUUUGUAUGGCAACGGCAAUCUCGCGGGCAACUACUCCGUGACACCUGGCAACUUUCCACAAACGGAACUGACCCCCACUCGUACCAUACAAGUCAUCGAAGCUGGCCCUAUGAACGUUACGCUGACAUUUCUGAGUCCCAUAGAUCCGUCUGAUCUCGUACGCCAAUCUCUUCCGUUCGCUUAUGCGGCCCUGGACUUCACAUCCACCGAUAAUCAACCACAUGACAUACAGCUGUACUCCGACAUUACUGGAGAAUGGCUGGCUAACAACAAGGGGCUGCAGAUGUCGUGGAGUCCGCCGUCGCAAACCAGUAGCAUGAUCUAUCACGAACUGCACCUCACGAAUCCGACACCUUUUCAGGAGCAAGGAGGACAAGCCUUAGACGGUGCAGCGUACUUCGCGAUGGAGCUGGGACAACAAGGACGCGACGUCACUUGGCAGACUUGCUCAGACGUCGUCUGUCGCGAAGAGUUCCAAGAUUAUGGUCGCGUAAACGCGAGUGACAGCAAUAGUACCUCUCGGGAUAUAAAUAACGCUUGGCCCGUCUUCCCGAUCUCGGUCGACUUGGGAAGUGUUGCUUCUCUGGACUCGCCCGUUGUCUGGGCCAUUGGCUAUGUACGCGAUCCCAGCAUCAGUUACACAUUGUCAGGAAACACGGAAUCCCUCCGCCCGUACUACACAACACAGUAUCCUACCACCGAAGACGCCUUGGAGUUCUUCGUCUCCGAUUUCAAUAACUCACUGACUCAGGCAAACUUGCUCGAUACGCAAGUCCGUGAAGCGGCUUCAAGCAUUUCGGCUGACGGCAAACUGUACGACAUGCUUUCGCUCGCCACUCGCCAGGUGUUCAGCUCUCUCGAGAUAACGGCUCCCUAUCAGUCGGACGGCACAACUAGGAUCUUCAUGAAAGACAUGGGCACCAGCCAACGUGUCACUCCCGUGGAGAAGUUGUACGCCGCUCUGCCUUUGUUCUUGUACUACAAUGCUUCGCUAGUCAAGCCACUCCUGGCACCGCUCCUUGAACAACAGAAUACGUCGUUGGGCGAAUAUCCGUACGCAUCAAAAGACCUUGGCUCCUUGUUCCCGGAUGCAUCUGGUCCGAACCUGACAUCUACAGAGGCAAUCGAACAGUCCGGGAACAUGCUCAUCAUUGCACUCGCUCACGCCAGAUACUCGAACGAUACAUCGCUGCUCCAUGGCUAUUAUCCCUUGCUCAAGAAUUGGGCAGAGUAUUUGACGGGACAUGGGCCAUUUCCUCCUCAGGGCCAAUUAUCUGUCGAUGACGGAAGUGACGCCACAAACUCGACCAACCUGGCGGUGAAGGGUAUCUUCGCCAUCCAGGCCAUGGCGGAGAUCAGUCAAUUAGUCGGGCAGAGUAAUGAUUCUGAGCACUUCAGCAGCACAGCGACCAACUUUAUGAACACCUGGCAACCGCUUGCCAUAUCGUCAGGAGGCGCCUCUGCGUCCGUGAAUCCGACGUUGAACUCGGCAGUCACAGGCGUCUGGUCUUUACCGUAUAAUCUCUACCCGCAGACUCUGUUCGGAUUUGAUCUCUUGAACCAGACAUGGCUUGACAAGCUUACUGUCAUGUAUGGACAGUGGAUCCAACCUGAAACUGCCAACUAUACGCACGGGUUGCCCAUGCAGAGCUCAGCACAAUCGCUUGGCAAUGUCGCCUGGAAUGCUUUCAUCGCGGCUACCUGCACCAACGACACGAUCCGCGGUCAGAUUCUUGAUGCGGUCUGGAAUUAUGCGUCGUUCAACGGGACAUCGCUCCCGUUCGGCGCAGUGUACAAUGUCGAAUCUGGUGCCUACGUGGAUGGAACGUUGAGCCCCGCGUUAGGAGGCCUCUUCGCCCCGUUCUUGCGCAGCAAUACUAUCACCGGCUCCCCAUCUCCCACUCAGUCUGCAAGCUCCACGAAUCACGGUAGCGCCUCCGGUGGUGGCAAGGUCGACGUCGGCGCCAUAGCAGGCGGCGUCGUCGGGGGCGUCGUCGGCUUACUUGUGCUCGUCGGGCUUGUACUAUUGCUAUUCCGACACCGUCGGAACCAGAAGAACGUCGCCCUCCUCGACACUUCUGGUACGAGGACAGAGCCAACGCCCUUCGAGUCUGCGCCUGCUUUUUCGGCCCAGGCUCCGGGUGUCAUACUCACGGAAAAGCGGCGGCGGGAACUCGAGUCGCCGAGGGAAGGAGCGCCUCUGUUGCCUUCAACCGGCUCGUUUUCCGCCAUGGGCGACGAGCCUCCGUCUGGUAGCGCCACGGUUCCCUCUACGACGAACAGCGAUUCUGCGAGGUCGCGAGAGAAUGAUUUGCUGGGGCUGCGCACGGAGAUCGAGGAUCUGCGCAGGAUCAUGCUGAAUGUGCACAUCGAGGGACCGGAACCUUCGGACUUGGGUGCACCGCCAGGUUACUCGUGACGAGUCUAAUUAGUGCUAUCUCUUUUAGCGCAUCGGACUAUGUAUACUCGGAUUCAAAACCUGGGUCCACUGUGGAUCUCUGCUCCCUCAAUGUAUCGGUGCUGCCAGUGAAAUAGCGUUGCAUUACCAUCUUAAUACUCGGACGAUGGUCUACAAGACGCCUCGAUGCGAGAAGCUUAAUGCUAAAAUCAUCGUGUUGAACUUGGUAUAUAAAAAAUCCCACACGAAUGCAGAUGGACUUGCUGA